CAAUCGAUACAUUUCAGCUGACACUUGAACAGGCAGCACUUGUUUUUAUUAGAUAAUAAUAUUAAUAUUACAAUUUCCUUGGGUAGACAGCAGCUGUGAAGAUGAAUCGAAUUUGCCAGAAUCUGUUGCGUCAAAGCUACCCUCGUAGCUUUUCAGCUGGAGCAAAUGCCUCCGCCACUCCAACAAUCCUAAGUCGCUUCUAUGCCGCAGAUGCGGCAACCGGUGCGGCUGUGGACAAAGCGACGCUGGACAAACUGGUGCGCACCAACAAGGUGGUUAUCUUCAUGAAGGGCAAUCCCCAAGCACCACGUUGUGGCUUCAGCAAUGCGGUUGUGCAGAUCAUGCGAAUGCACGGUGUCCAAUACGAUGCCCACGAUGUGCUGCAAAACGAAGCUCUGCGUCAGGGUGUUAAGGACUAUACCGACUGGCCCACAAUUCCGCAGGUUUUCAUCGAUGGUGAAUUCGUUGGCGGAUGUGACAUCCUGCUCCAGAUGCACCAAAGCGGUGACCUCAUUGAGGAGCUUAAGAAAGUAGGCAUCGUUUCCGAGCUGCUGAAGGCGGAACAGGCCAAAGAAGAAGCCAAGCCUGCGGAUGAGAAGCCCAAGUAAUGCCCCAACAGAGCACCCAAAGAUCAAACCCCAGAAACCCCUACAACCUAAAUGUUAGCCAAGCAACGUUUUUAUUAUUAAAUGUUUAACUCAUAAUGAUAA